GAGAGCAGGCAGAGAGGAGCACAAUUUACAGUUCUUCAUGUACAGGAGACCAGAGUGCUGUACGAUAUUAUGACUCAUUCAUGAAAUAGCCAGGACCUUGCUCUAGAAGAUGGCUUUCCACGUGGAGGGGCUGGUGGCAAUAAUCUUUUUCUACUUGGCUAUCCUGUCUGUGGGCAUUUGGCUGCCUGGAGAACUAAGAACUCACGUGGUGAUGGAGGACCCCAGGGAAGGCAUUAUUGUGGGUGGAAGAGAUAUAGGACUCCUGGUUGGAGCUUUUACUACUACAGCAACAUGGGUUGGUGGAGGAUACAUCAAUGGGACGAGAGAAGCGGUGUAUGUGUCAGGGUAUGGGCUGGCUUGGGCUCAGGCACCCAUUGGCUACGCGAUCAGUCUUAUCUUAGGUGGUCUGUUCUUUGCUAAGCCGAUGCGAUCAAGGGGAUAUGUAACCAUGCUAGACCCUUUCCAGCAGAUUUAUGGAAAGCGAAUGGGCGGCUUACUUUUCAUACCAGCAUUAAUGGGAGAGAUGUUCUGGGCCGCUGCAAUACUUUCUGCUUUAGGUGCCACCAUAAGUGUUAUAGUGGACAUUGACAUCAACAUUUCAGUGGUAGUCUCUGCCUUGAUUGCCAUUUUCUAUACCCUUGUUGGUGGAUUGUAUUCGGUAGCCUACACCGAUGUUGUUCAGCUCUUCUGCAUCUUUAUAGGACUGUGGAUCAGUGUACCUUUUGCAAUGACUCAUCCUGCAGUUACAGACAUCACAGUGACAGCUGUAGAAGAAGUCUACAAGGAUCCUUGGCUGGGCAGCAUAAGGAAGGAAGAUGCCUGGUCUUGGAUUGACAGUUUCUUGCUUCUGAUGCUGGGAGGGAUCCCCUGGCAGGCAUAUUUCCAACGGGUCUUAUCAGCAUCCUCAGCAACCUAUGCCCAAGUUCUCUCUAUCUUAGCUGCUUUUGGAUGUUUAGUGAUGGCUAUUCCCUCAGUUCUCAUUGGUGCUAUAGGAGCUUCAACAGAGUGGAAUCAAACUGCCUAUGGUUUACCGGACCCACAAAGCAGAAAUGAAACAGAUAUGAUCCUGCCCAUUGUUCUUCAGUAUCUGUGUCCUCCUUACAUUUCUUUCUUUGGACUUGGUGCCGUAUCCGCUGCUGUGAUGUCAUCCGCUGAUUCUUCAAUCUUGUCUGCUAGUUCUAUGUUUGCCAGAAAUAUCUAUCAGCUUUCAUUUAGACAAAAUGCAUCCGAGAGGGAAAUCUCCUUGGUUAUGAAGAUCACAGUCUUUAUAUUUGGGGCAGGUGCAACAGCCAUGGCAUUACUUGCUAAGUCGGUAUAUGGCCUUUGGUACCUGAGCUCUGACUUGGUCUACAUCGUCAUUUUUCCUCAGCUGCUCUGUGUCUUGUUUAUCAAAGGAACCAAUACCUAUGGCUCUGUUAUAGGGUACAUCUUUGGGCUUUUUCUACGAAUAAGUGGAGGAGAACCAUAUCUACAUCUACAGGCUCUCAUCUGUUAUGGGGACUGCUAUGUAGACAAGAACAACAUAUAUUUACAAAGAUUCCCAUUUAAAACACUCUCUAUGCUGGUUUCAUUUUUAAGCAAUAUUAGCAUCUCUUACUUGGCUAAGUAUCUAUUUGAAAAGGGAAUAUUGUCACCAAAGUAUGACUUCCUAAAUGCUGUGGUGGCCAAGCACAGCGAAGAGAACAUGGACAAGACAACUCUUGUGAAGAAUGAUAAUAUCAAUUUGUCAGAGUUAGCUCCAGUGAAGCCAAGACACAGCAUAACAUUGGGGAACACCUUUGUAAAUAAGCAGGCAAUCAGUGACUUGGACUCAAGCCCAGAGUCUCCAGAACUUGAGAACAAGGACCUCUGAUAUAGCCAUAAUAAGAACGCUACUUCUUAAUAAUUAGCUAUGAAAACUCGAUAAAUAGAAAUAAAGAUGGUAAGCAGUGUUUUACUACAAUUAUAUGGUUUAUAUAUGUAUGGCAUUGCACAAUUAAACAUACACAUCAUAUCACCCUCUCAGUAUGAAGUCACAUAUUGCUGUUCUUCAUACAAACUUUACUAAAAUAUUGUGAUACUUUUUGAGCUAGGUUUUGUUUUACAGACCCAGCAAUAUUCAAUAUGUUAAAAUACAGAUACAUACAUUGAAGUCCUCUUUACACCAGCCAGCAAUCGGGCCCUUGCUAGGAAGGUACAUUCCUAGGAACUCUCGUUCCCGAUAACUGGCCAGUGUAAAGGUGUAGCCGAUCUCCCAAUGAACAAGCAAUCACUAAUUCAUCAGGUGAACGCAUUGUUGAGACAGACACCAAAAACAUUGUUUUGGGGGGUAGCAAAUCAUACUGUGUAAACAAAAAUCUGGUGCCCGGAAAAUAAAAUUUUCUAGGGUGACAGGCAAUCACUGGA